AUGAAGGUUUGUCACUCUAGUAGUCAUUAAAAUAGUAGUUUACUGUCCAUCCCAUUACAAUGAAGUAAUACAUUUUAUUGCAACAUAACAACUAUGGCAUGUAUUGUCAAAAGUUGGUUAGUGUUUGUUAUAGAGAUGUGACAUUUCCACCUGUAUUUUUUAUCAACAGGACUCCUUGGCUGGGACAUUCUGAUCUCAUGAGAACAGGAAUGGAAAACAUCUCUUAUACUGAAACUUUCACACUCACUGGAUUUGGGGACAUGAAUAAAACUAAAUAUGUAUAUUUUCUACUUGCCCUUAUUGGGUACCUCUUGAUAAUCUUUGUAAACGUAGUUCUUGUGUUAGUAAUAUUUCUGGAAAGAAACCUUCAUGAACCUAUGUAUAUCUUUCUCUGUAGUUUAUCUGUUAACGCCCUUUAUGGAACUGCUGGUUUCUAUCCUAAACUUCUGGCUGAUCUUCUAUCAGAGACCCAAGUGAUUCCCCGUGCUGGAUGUUUCAUUCAAAUAUUUGUUAUCUAUGGGUAUGCGGCUUCUGAAUUUUCAAUAUUAACAGUGAUGGCAUAUGACAGAUAUGUGGCCAUUUCUAAACCUUUACACUAUACAAAUAUCAUGACAGAUAGCGUUGUUUGUAAAUUGCUGGCUGGUGCCUGGCUAUUUCCAUUCUGUAACACGGCCCUUACUCUUUUGUUUUCUUCAAGACUGCCUUUGUGUGGAAACCAAAUUGAAAGACUGUAUUGUUCCAACUGGUCAGUUGUUAAGCUAUCUUGUGUAUCAACUACUCUAAACAAUGUUGUUGGUUUUGUAGUUACUGCCUGUACGGUGUUGCCACCUCUGUAUUUCAUUUUGUAUUCCUAUAUAAAAAUACUUCUUGUUUGUCAAAAAAGCUCCAAGGAAUUCAGAAGCAAAGCACUACAAACAUGCCUCCCGCAUUUAACAACAUUUAUCAACUAUUCAAUAACAGGUUUUUGUGAAAUAGCUCUUAGUCGAUUAGACUCAAAGGAUAUGCCCCAAAUUGUUGCUGCCAUCCUGUCAUUGGAGUUUCUAAUAAUUCCUCCCCUUCUUAAUCCUCUCUUGUAUGGAUUCCACUUGCCUGAGGUACGGAAAAGGAUUAUAAAUAUGCUCAGAAGAAAGCAAAUUAUACCAAUAUUAGACAGCUCACACGCUGCAAAAUACUAACUAUUAUGUAUUAUGUACUUUCUUGUUAAGAUUAUGUUUGUGUACUUUUAUACUAAAUAACAAAAGUCCUUCAGUUUGUGCAUAUGCACGACUGCAAAUAAUAGUAUUUUCAUUUUUCAUUGAAAAAAACUCACAACUGUAUAAUUUCUUGAUAGUUGUAUUUGUGUUAUCAGACUAUUUUGUGUUUUUUUGGAAUCUUUUGCCAUUUUGUGUUGUUUCUUUUUUUGUGCCACGGUGUGUUUA